CAGGGCACGAGGGGACGUAGCUCUGAUCGGCUGGCGUGCAGGCUGCGGAUCCCCGGAGACUAGCGAGCGGCUAGGUUCGUGAUCUGGAGAGACGCUCAGCACCAGGGUUGGAAUUCACUGAAAUGCCAAAAGCAGCAAGGGCACCGUUCUCUGUGCCUGUACACACCUGCCCUCUUCUCCCUGGAGCCAGGCAAAAAGCUACAACCACUCACAAUUGGAACGCAGUAAAGGUUGAAUGAAUUGUUAUUAGGUUCCUGCAACUUAACUGGGAACUGAUCAAGAUUUCAAGCUAAGAUGGUGGUGAUGAACAGCCUAAGGGUCAUUCUUCAAGCAUCUCCAGGCAAAUUGCUGUGGAGAAAGUUCCAGAUUCCGGGAUUCAUGCCAACGAGGCCCUGCAGCCUCUACACUUGUACUUACAAAACCCGGAACCGAGCCUUGCAUCCACUCUGGGAGAGCGUGGACCUGGUUCCCGGGGGUGAUCGACAAUCACCCAUCAACAUUCGGUGGAGGGACAGUGUUUAUGAUCCUGGCUUAAAACCGCUCACCAUCUCUUAUGACCCAGCCACCUGCCUCCACGUCUGGAAUAAUGGGUACUCUUUCCUCGUGGAAUUUGAAGAUUCUACAGAUAAAUCAGUGAUCAAGGGAGGACCCCUGGAACACAACUACCGAUUGAAGCAGUUCCAUUUUCACUGGGGGGCCAUCGAUGCCUGGGGUUCUGAGCACACCGUGGACAGCAAAUGCUUCCCAGCAGAGCUGCACUUAGUGCAUUGGAAUGCAGUCAAAUUUGAAAACUUUGAGGAUGCAGCACUGGAAGAAAAUGGUUUGGCGGUGAUAGGAGUAUUUUUAAAGCUAGGCAAACAUCAUAAAGAGCUACAGAAAUUAGUGGAUACUUUGCCAUCAAUUAAGCAUAAGGACACCCUUGUGGAAUUUGGGUCAUUUGACCCUUCCUGCCUGAUGCCUACCUGCCCAGAUUACUGGACCUACUCAGGGUCUCUGACCACCCCACCCCUCUCCGAGUCUGUCACCUGGAUCAUUAAGAAGCAACCAGUAGAGGUUGAUCAUGAUCAGCUUGAGCAAUUUCGAACCCUGCUUUUCACUUCUGAAGGGGAGAAGGAGAAAAGAAUGGUGGACAACUUCCGCCCUCUUCAGCCACUGAUGAAUCGCACUGUCCGUUCAUCCUUCCGGCAUGAUUAUGUGCUGAAUGUACGAGCGAAACCCAAGUCGGUGACCAGCCAAGCAACCCCCUAAAACAUUCAUAUCUAGGCAGUAUUUUGCUUUUGCUAUAAUAUAUACUAGCUUACUAAAAAUUGCUAACUAGACUAUUCUAAGUGCCUGCAUUUGAUAAUAUUUACAGAUGAGCAUCUCUUAGCAUGAGAGUGCUUCAUCAGUCUUUGAGGAAAGCGAUUUGGUACCAGCUAAGAGACACAAAUUUCUCUUGCAGCUACCUGUUGGUAAUUGUAAUGCCUUUUUUUUUUUCUUUGAGAGACUAGGUCUUGCUCUGUUGCCCAGGCUAGAGUGCAGUGGCCCAGUGAGAGCUCACUGCAGCCUUGAACUCCUAGGCUCAAGCAGUCCUUCUGCCUUAGCCUGUGGAGUAGCUGGGGCUACAGGUGCUGGCCACCUGGCCCGGCUUGUAAUAUCUUUUUAUGUCUGACAUUUUUGAGCUAUCUUUUUUAUGUUUAUCCAUUAGUGGUUCUAUAGCACUAUACGUAGGGAUUAUAAUCAAAAGUAAGGCACAGACACUGACCAGAACUCAGGCCUUUCAGAAACAGCCUGUUGGCCCAGACUGGUACUUCGUGGCUGAACAUUGGCCAUGGUUUAGAUGUAUUUUAUUUUAUAACAUGAAUGUGUAUUCUUUCAUAAGGACUUAUCAAUCAGUACAUUUGCCCCAGUGUUUAGUUGUUACAAGGACAUGAUACGCUUACUUACUAUCGAUUUAUGAUGUAGAAAAUAUAUUUUGUAAUUAUAAGAAAAUAAGACUUUUCCUAUACCCAGAAAUCCCUUUGCAUUUCCAAAGAUCAGAUAUUUUACUUAAAGGUCUGAUCAUAUAGGAAAUAUAUGCAGAAUAUUUUAAAGAAAAUGCUUGGCACGGUGGCUCACACCUGUAAUCCAGCACUUUGGGAGGCUGAGGCGGGAAGAUCACUUGAGGUCAGGAGUUCGAGACCAGCCUGGCCAACAUGAUGAGACCCUGUCACUACUAAAAAUUUAAAAAAUUAGCCAGGCAUGGUGGUGGGCACCUGUAAUGCCAGCUACUUGGGAAGCUGAGGCUGGAGAAUCGCUUGAACCCAGGAGGUGGUGGUUGCAGUGAGCCAAGAUCGCACCACUGCACUCUAGCCUGGGCGACAGAGUGAGACUCCAUGUCUAAUAAAAAAGAGAAGAGAAGAGAAAGGAUGCUUAAAGUGCCUAGAACUUAGAAUUCUUUCAUUGUACAUUUCCAGAAAUAUUUUUCAAAGGACUAGUAAUCUAAUAGCCUAUGGUUUAUAAUAUUAUUUUGUAUUGUUUGCACACUGUUACAUAGUAUAUAAUGAUAACGUUUUCUACAGUGAAAGAGCUAUCCUGUCUUCACUUUACAACUGUCUGAACUUUAUUUACUCAUUAGUCAAGGUUCUUUGCAAGGCAGGUGAUUAACUUAAAUCUCUCAGUUUAUACAGUGCUUUAAAAAACUUUUGUUAUGGUAAUAGGGAGAGAAACUUAUCAGAUAGGCUAAAAUCUAGAUAAUUCUACAUAUUCUGAGGAAUUCGUGCCCCCGUGUCUCUUGCUUAUAAAUAUCUUGGAAUGUUUC